GUGGGCUUCAGUUGUGUUUACCGCUCAGUGUGUGCCGCCACCGUGACUGAAACUGUGACCAAAGCUGCUACUGUGACUCCAGCCGUGACUUCGUGCGUCGGUCGCGCGGCCCGGUGGCGUAUGCUUGAUUUGUGUGGCGCCCUGGCGUAUGCUUGAUUUAAUACGCCGUACAGCAGUGCAUUCGAGGCUUGCGGAAUAUCAACAGAAAUAUCAGCAAAACCAACAAACCAUCAUUGAAUUGAAGUUAAUCCACAGAUAUUCUUACACACACACCCACACUCGUCGGUGUGUAGUGCGUGGGCUUUGUGUGUUGGUGAGGUUGUACCAGUGUGCGUGAGUGUGUGUAAUGCGUAUGUAAUCCAAGCAAAUCUGUCACGUGUUUUGGAUAUCUUUUUCUGAGGCCGCCAGCGAAGCCGAAGCCCGGGAAUUUAUUGAAAAAUCGCACAAAGAUAAAUGCGCAGAACAAACAAAAACGGAAGGCGACCAAAAUCCAAUCUGAAUCAAAAGGGCAGUGGGAUUUGGCCCCAGAGACAGAUGUUGCUGCUCCCCCGCGAACGGAAAAAUAGUGAACAUGGCCAAGAGCCAAUGGUUAUUGAUGGACCGACGAGAAGAAAUCACUGUUGAAGCACCGAUGAGCCGAAGCGAAGAGAAAUAUUAAACAAAUUAUGAGCAGCCGUGCGAUUGUAGGGCAAUAAAACUGGUCGUAAAAACCCACUGGAUGCCGUAACGAACAAUAAAAGACGAAAACUAUUAUUUGACAAACUGUCAGCGGAGUCACUCGAAAGUAAAAUUGUGAACGUUCGCAGAAAGUCGGUGCGAGUAAAAAUCCCAGCAUUGGCACACGUUGCGUAUACGCCGCGUCGGCAGUUCCGCAGUUUUUCAGAAGGUGUUAAAUGCGUUCGCAACUGGCUGCUGGAGCGGUAGCUCCCCGACCACUCUCUCCCGAAACCAGUGAAAGUGCCCGGCUGUGCACUAUUUCCGCGUAACCGAACACUAUCGCUUUUACCCCCCGCGGGAGGGGAUGCGCUCCUGGAAGAGUCGCAGUCGCACUCGAUCCGAAAUGCACACACUCGAAGCGAGGACGCGGCCCCUGCAGGGCGCCCACCUCCCCCAGCUGCCCCAUCUGCCCCAGCUCGCCCAGCUGCUGCUCGGAGGGAUGCUCUGCCUGGCAAUAGCAUCGCACACACAGACCUCAGCGGAGGCGGCAGGAGGAAGAGGAUCUGGACCAGGAGCAGGAGGAGGAGGAGGAGCAGCGUUAGGGACAUCGUCGUCAUCGGCAGCCUCCACCGCCAUCAGCUCCGAUGAGAGCGGCGACCCAUCAUCGGCGACCGCAUUCUCCAGCUUGGCUCAAGUGUCCUCGCUUCUGCCGGAGGCAUCCGCCCUGUCGGCGACAUCGGGACUCGUGGAGCCCUAUCUGGAUGGCUAUGCCACCUCCAAUGUGACCACUCAGAUCGGGACCCACGCGUAUCUGCCCUGUCGGGUCAAGCAACUGGGCAACAAAUCAGUGUCCUGGAUUCGACUGCGAGAUGGACACAUCUUGACCGUUGACAGGGCCGUCUUCAUAGCCGACCAGCGAUUCCUGGCCAUCAAGCAGCCGGACAAGUACUGGACCCUGCAGAUCAAGUACGUGCAGGCCCGAGAUGCCGGGUCCUACGAGUGCCAGGUCUCCACGGAGCCCAAAGUCAGCGCCCGAGUCCAGCUGCAAGUUGUGGUUCCCCGCACGGAGAUCCUGGGAGAACCGGACCGCUACGUGAAGGCGGGCAGCAACGUGGUGCUCCGCUGCAUCGUGCGCGGCGCCUUGGAGCCGCCCACGUUCAUCAUGUGGUACCACGGCGCCGAGCAACUGGCGGCCGACUCCCGCCGCCACCGCACGCAGCUCGAUCCCAAUCUGCCGGAGGCCUCCGGCGAUGGCCAGAGCACGAUUGGCUCAUUAAUCAUCGAGUCGGCCAAGAAGCGCGAUACUGGCAAUUACACAUGUAGCCCGUCGAAUAGCCCCAGUGCGACCGUAACGCUGAACAUAAUAAAUGGAGAGUCGUCGGCCUCGGCGGUAACCUCGUCGGCAGCCACCACACGGGCCUACGCCCUCAGCAUCCUGGCACUCCUACUCGGAGUCUUCAUCAUUGGAGUGGGCCACCGCACAUGACAUGUCACUGCCAGCAAGCCAAUCUGAAGAGCAGGACGCUCAGCAGCUACUGAAAUGUGAGGAGAAGGGAAGCCCAACACUCUGCCAACGUAAAAAGUAUAAAACCAAAGUAAUUUGAUAGACCCAAAUAGCAAAAGCGACAGGAAGAGAGAGAUUAAACGUAAUAAUCGAGUGCAUGUUGUAAGCUAGUUGAUUUUAUCCACUAACUAAUAACCGAUACAUAUAGGGGAUGAGUCCGUAAUCCCCGGAUUACCGCAGGCAGCUUCGAGAACCCGAGCCCCCUGCUAAUCGUAAGUUCUACAAGCUCUAAGCGAACUAGUUAGUAAGCCCCUAGUCUUAGGCGGUCCCUUAACUGAUUUUUGUUUGGUUUUUGUUUUGGUUUCCGGUUUUAGGUUUGGUUUCGGGGGCCUCCGUUUUGUGGGAAAUGCCAAGUAAGUUUGCAUAAAUGCAUAACCGUAAAUAUUUAUGCAGUUCGAUGUGAAAUUGCAUCGAUAUCCUGAUUCCAUUCCGGGUCUCAUGGAAGAGGCGGGAAGGAUGGGGGAACGGGGAUAGGAAAUUCCUGCCAUCAAAUGAAUGCGUUUUUGGAAAAAUUCAACUCGAAUGCAUUUGCAUGGCAAUUUGAGUCUGGAACAACAUUUGCAGUCUCCUUCCUAUGUGGCGACAUGCUGAACUUUUCAAUUAGCAAUAUUUCCCGCACUCUUCGCACAGUUAUGCCCCCUCUCUCUCUCACACACACUCACGAAUGCCGGACAGUUUUGAAUAUUUAUUAUUUUUAGCAAGUACCAACUCUGGCUGGUGACCUCGAUUCUUGUUUAGGGAAUUCGAAUUCGAACUUCCCCUGCCAAUAAAUUCACCCAAAGUUGUAUACCCUCGAAUAGGCCGUCCCAAGGAUCAGAGAACUUCUACAUGCUUUCCAAGGAGUUUACCCAAUAUUAUAUUUGGCAAACAGAACCCAAACACCCACGACUAUGGACUGUCCGAUAUGAGUGCGAAACAUCGCAAACAUUUGCAUAGCCAAUUUAUGGAACUCUAUUUUAUGUGCUCUUAUCUCACGAACAAGCUCGAAACAUGCGGGAAAAACCAAAAUUCAUAAAGUAAAUAAUUGCGUAAGGAACAAAAAAUUAUAGCAAAUACAUGCAUUGGUCGGAAUGGACAGCCAGCAGAACGCAGAAUAACACAGAAAAGCAAACAAAAACAAUUUAAUUGAUAACGAAAGUAAAUUUAUUGAAUUGAGCGGACUGACUCGCGAACUGUAUAUAACUCUAUUGCGAAAUUGUUCAACAAAAAUGUAAAUUAAUUGAAUAUACAAACAAAUGAUAUAUAAAUGGCAGAGCCCAACCAGAGACGUAUUCCAAACACUAAUGAAUUGCAUUUAAACGAUACAAAUAAAUAUAUAAAAUGAACGAAUAAAUAGCAGGCAGGAGACAAAGGCGGAAGGCGGCCAAGGAAUAAAUAAAACGAAAUCAAACGGACAGAAUGUAAACAUCGUGUGCAGCGCGAACCCGCAGGCCCGGCUCGUAUUUAUUUAUCCACUUAACGUCCUUUUUAAUUACACACACUCGCCCAAUCCUCGGCAAAUCCCAUAAAAAUCGUCUGAAAUUAAUUAAACUUGUCUCUGGCCUUGCGUUGAAGCUGAGGCUGCAGCGUCGUCAACUUAAUUGCAAUUAGGUGCACGCCGCACACACCCAUACACCAUGCUCCCACUCAAACAAUGCCCUCAAAGCGGCAUUAAUUAUGUGUGCGAUUGUCCCAAGGCGCUGGUUGUCACACCCUGCGUGUACUUGAUGCGCUCGCCUUUGCGCGUUUAACAAAUUGAUCCUGGGCCAAGUUAACCGCAAGCAGCUGUGAGCAAACACACACUCGCCAGUUGGGCGAGAAAAAUGCCACGGAAAUAAAUUUCUGCGGUCAAUUUUACAUCAGGGGCGGGCAGGGGAGGGUUAAUUGAACAGGGAUUCUUUUCACGGGUGUGGACAAUUAACACAUUCCCGCUUGCAUGCAUCAAAUGCUCGCGGUCUGCGGCUAACCGCCUUUGAGGCAACCUCCCACCCAACCCCUGCCACUUUUCUUUCGGCCUUUUAUUUUCCCGCCAAAAAGCCACCAACAACCCAUUGAACAGCCCGUAAAACUGAAUGUUGAACAAUGAAACUUUGUUAGGCUUAAGCAGCGUACAUAUAUGACCAUAGCAAGUACUAUACGAAUCGAAAUCAAAAUACAUUUCUAAGCUCUUAAGUGUUUUUCAUCAAAUCGAUUAACGUAUAAACUCCAUACGUGUAAUUAUCAACACCCCGACUAUUUGUAAAUAAAUCGCAUUACACGCAAACGUCCCGAAAUCGAAGCGAGGUGUGGACAUUACUUUUUAAAGACAGACACUCGAACUCACGUGUAUCCAUGAUAUAGCAAAGUUUAUUGUUAAGUACCAACUAAUAACGAAAGGAAUACUUACACAUACAUAUGUAAACGAAACUAAGAACUAUGUGAAACUUUAACUGACAAAUUUAUUGCAUUACAUACAAUAAAAGAAUAAAAUUGAAUAACUUAACGAGA